AUGAAGUCCUUCACCAUCGCCUCUGCCCUCUUCGCCGCUGUGGCCGUUGCCCAGCCCCAUGGCAAGAUUCACGGCAUCCACCACCGCCGCCACCACCAGAACGCCGAGCGUGACGUUGUCGUCACCGAGGUCGAGUGGGUGACUGAGUACGAGUAUGUCACCAAGAUGGUCGACGCGACCACCACUGUCUGGAUCACCCCCGGCCAGGAGCAGGCCCAGCCCACGACCUCUGAAGCCGCCAAGUUUGUCGAGACCCAGGCUCCCUCGCAGCCUGCUCCCAAGAUCAAGAAGCCUGCCGAGAAGAAGCCUGCUCCCACCACCACUCUGGUCACCAGCGUUUACACUCCUCCCCCUCCUCCCCCCGAGCCUACCACCACCGAGGUCAAGGAGGCCCCCAAGCCCAAGAUUACCACCUAUGAGGCUCCUGAGCCUGUCACCACCCAGCAGUACGUCCCUGAGCCCGAGCCCACCACUGCCGCCCCUGCCCCUGCCGCUCCUUCCGUCGUCGAUGAUGGCUCCGACGAUGAGGAGGAGAAGCCCACGAGCGGCGGUAGCUCUGGUGGCAGCGGCGGUGGCAGCAGCGCCGCCAAGACUGGUGAGUUCACCUACUACGACAUCGGCAUGGGUGCCUGCGGUGAGGACGACUCCGGCAAGGACGAGUCUGAGAACAUUGUCGCUCUCUCUCACCUUCUGAUGGGCGGUGUCUCCAACGGCAACCCCAUGUGCGGCAAGACCAUUACCAUCAAGGCCAACGGCAAGACCACCACCGCCGUCGUCAAGGACAAGUGCAUGGGCUGCGCCAUCAACGACAUCGACGUCAGCAAGAAGUGCUUCAAGGAGAUCUCUGGCGAUCUCGAUGCUGGCCGCAUCGAGGUCGAGUGGUGGUUCAACUAA